GAGAGAGAGAGAACUGCUUGCAUGCAACACCCUCCCCCUCUCCCCCCUCCCUUCCAGCCCCACUCAGUGGCCCAGAGACCACUCCAGAGCCCUGGAAGGUGAGAGGCUCUGGCACUGUCCCCUCUCCCCUCCUGUGAGAUUGCAAAGCAGAGCAGUGAUUUCUUUCCUCCUUUUUUUUUUUUUUUUUAAUUUUUCUGUUGAUGUCUCUCUAAUCUCUUCUUUCCUGGAGCUCCCCCCAGCUGCUGCAGGAGCCUCAGCCAAGUUAAUGCAGAAAGAGAGAGAGAGACUUAACUCCAGUUCUUUUGCAGGGCGGCAGGGGAAGGAUUGUCAGCGCUGAUCCCCGUCCCUCCACCCCCGAACACUCAGCCUCCUCCUUCGUGAGCCUGCCUCCACCUGGGCUUUAUUGUGACCGUGCCUGGCACUGGGCCACGAAGCUCUUUGAGACUCCCUCUGCCAAGGGGGCUUUUCCGUGGCUUUUUUCUCAAUGAGAGAUCCUUGAGCUUUGCUCCUUGGCAAGAGGAGGGGGACGCGUGGGAGCACGUCGGGGGGAGUGAACGAGUUCAAAAAAGAAUAAAGGGCUCCGUGGUGGCUGGGAGAGGUGGGCGGAAGCACUGUCACCAGGACUGGCCCCGCAGAUACAAUGAGGGCGCAGUGGCCCAGCUGGAUGAGAUGCCUCCGAGCGGCUCUGUGGCUCUGCUGCCUGCUGCCUGAGGUGAGCUGCACCUGGAACCUGGCUGGACUCCAAUACAGCAACCGAAGGAACUGGUGCUCGUACACAGUCACCCGGACAGUGUCCUGCCACGUCCAGAAUGGCACCUUCCUCCAGAGGGUGUUCCAGACCUGCCGCUGGCCCAUGGGCUGCAACGGAGGCAGCUAUAGAACCAUCGUGAGGCCGACGUACAAGGUAGCCUACAAAACGUUCACGGCUCUAGAGUGGAGAUGCUGCCCAGGCCACACAGGUGCCAACUGCGAAGAAGAGACCAUCAGCUAUGCAGACCCUCAGGAAGCCAGCCGACCCAGCAUCCCCCUCCGCAGAAACUCCCACCGGCCAGCAACUUACUCAGGGUGUUUAAACUGCAGCAAAGUGAUGGAGCUGACGGCGCGUCUCAACACCCUAGAAGCUAAGAUGGCGUUGCUGUCAGCAGCUGAGCCGGCAACCUCCCCAGCACCCAACAAACACCUCUUAACCAAAGGGCCUGCCCAUUCAGACUCCAUCCAGCUCUGGGGGUCUCCAGCCACCCAUGGGAGCCCAGGGGAUGAAGGCGUGAGAGGAUCCCCGCAAGGAGAGAGGCUGGCAGGAGUACUUCCUAGCCAGGACAGGAAAACAGGGUCACAAGGACCCCCUGGUCCUUCAGGUCCCAAGGGAGACACUGGGAGCCGGGGGCCUUCUGGGGUGCCUGGAGUCAGGGGUCCUGCUGGACCACCAGGCCCUCCUGGUCCCCCAGGCUCACCAGGACGGGAUGGUGUGAGGGGCAUCCCUGGAGAGAAGGGGUUACCAGGACUUCCAGGCCUCCCAGGUCCUCCAGGCCCCCCAAUCCCAGUGGGGCCAGUUAUACCCCAGAUCCCAGACCCAAGGGACCCGCUUCUGUCAAAUACCUUCACUGAGGCUGGCAGCAUCAGCAUUGUGGGACCGGCUGGGCCCCCUGGGCCUUUGGGGCCAAUAGGUCCCCCAGGCCCAAUUGGAUUACCAGGCCCUGCUGGGCGUGAUGGGUUACCCGGAGCACCAGGUGCUGAUGGAGCUGCUGGCCUUCCAGGGGAAAAAGGAGACCGAGGCCCUCAAGGAUUUCCUGGAAGCAGAGGCCUGGAUGGAGAGCGAGGGGAGCCAGGCCCAAAAGGAGAGCCAGGGGAGAAGGGCACCUGGAACCAGACCCAGGGUCAGGAGCUGGCCCCUUCACCACUAGCAGCCCCAACUUCUACCGAGGCAAGCGCAGCGGACUGGCAGCCUACCGGAUCAUCUCCCGCCAGCUGUCCCAGAAGGGCCAGGACGAGAGGCAGUGAAAAGGCGUGGCCCUGGCCGGCGGAGCGCAAGAGGGAGCCAUUGCCCCCAGCACCACGGCCUCUCUAUGAGCCUGCCUCCCCCCAUCCCUCCACGUCACUCUGGACUGUCACAUGAGGAAGCACAUGAGGGGCCAUCCCAGGAUCCCAAGCCAGCCAACGUGAUUGGGGCCCCCCGGGGCUGCAGCCAGGGAGAGUGCUUGGGAGCCGAUGGCAGCACCGCUCUGUAUUUAUUUGCUCUUCAUUUUUCAAGAGGCCUGUAUCCAGCGCUAUAUGUGUAUGAACGCGCCCCCAUUCUGCUCAUCCCGAUGUCUUCAGAGCCCCGGCCCGCUCCCACACUCCCCUCCCUGUCCUGAAGGGGGGACUCGUGAUCUUUGGUGCUAACCUCUGGGGCAGACGUCUCUAGAUGACUCUGCACUUGGGGGAUGACCUUGGUGCUUUGGCCUAUAGUUUGUUGCUGCUUCCCUGUCUCCUGGGGCCAAGAGGAAGGCAAUCCCAUUCCCACCUUGCCCCUGAGUCCCUGGAUGGUUUGCACUGCCCCUCCUCCAGGCCUCCUAGCUCUGCUUCCACUACGUUGGUGGCUAGGGGGAUUGCUGCCUUGCUUCCACCCUCACCAGGCCCUAAGGCAGGGGUGGGUAAAAUGCGGCCCGGGGGCCGGAUGCAGCCCGCCAGGCCAUUCUAUCCAGCCCGCGGGCCCCCUACAAAUUUAGAAAAUUAAUAUUAAUCUGCCCUGGGCUGCCUGUCAUGUGGCCCACGAUGGCUUGCCGAAACUCAGUGAACAGCCCUCUGCCCAAAAUAUUUGCCUGCUCUUGCCCUAAGGCAAUCAUUUCUCUCCCAUGAAGCCUUGUUUUUACUGGUGAGUGCAAGGUCAGGGCAGCUACACUGAACUUACCCCCUUUCCUGCCAGCCAGGGCCUGCCCAUCUGGUUGGGACUCUGCAGCCCAGCAAGGCAAUCUCUGAUCACCACGGGUGGUCCAACCUGUCCCAGCAGGAGGCCAGCACUACCCACUGAAAACCAAAGCAGCAAGGCAAUGCUGGAGUGGAGCUCAGCUGCCUGCCUGUCACUUUGGUGCUCCAUGCCUCAGGCAUGGGGAGAACUGUGGGACUCUCCAUGCCUUUGACUCUCCCAAGCUACAUGGGUCCAUGACUUUGACCCAGUCCCCAGGCCCCCUUGGCUGCCCCAGUCAUGGAGGUAUGAUGGUGACAAACCAUGCUGUGUCCUCUGCACUCUCUAACAUACUGGCUCACACCUGCCACCACCUGAAGCUUUUGCCCAGUGCUUAAACUGCCAUAUUCCUUUCCUGCACUGUGGUGCAGCUUUGCUUCAUCCAACCAGAGGCAGAGCAGGUGAAGGUCUAACAUGACCGCCCAUGAGGCAGCAUCCCCAGCCCAAGUUGAAGGAUCUCCCAUCUAGGAGUGAAAGCAUCACCAAGGGGGUAGUUGCCUGGCUGGAAAGGGGCAUAAGGGGUCUUGGCUCCCUUCCUGUCCUGCCUCAUUGAUGGAUAAGGGAACUUCACCUCUGCAUCCAGCAUCUGGAGAGCAGGGCAAGGAAGAAGGUGGAAGGGGAGCACAACCACAUCCACAGCCCAACCCCACUUCCAACUCCCAGCAUCACCCCACAGGCCCUCAACACUGCUCACUGAUCCAGCUGGCUGCAGAAGGGAAGCAGGGCUUGCAACAGAGGAGCCAGGAGUAGGGGCAGCUCCAGUUAUUAAUGGGCUGGUCCAUACAAAUCUGACAGCCAGUAAUGCCUGCUACCGCUCCCCUCCCCCUGCCCAACCUAGUGAACAAAGGAACCGAGUGCACAAGCAGCUGGGGAGAGCCCCUGCUAUUGUAUCACAUAUGCUUGUAACCCUGGCCACUCUGGGAACCAGUCAUGUAUUAUGGUCAUUAAAACAUCUCACUGAUGCCUGCUA